GGGGUGGGAAAAAAAGUUGUGUGUUGUAGAAGUUAUCAAGUGGGAUUUGCGGCGCUCUCUGCAGGAAACUACAGCGUGUCUAGUUCAAAGCCACAUGCACCAACGUGACAUAUAAGCCAUUAAAAUAUCAUCCUGACGGCUCAUUUCUGCUUCAUCAUACAUUCCCUAACUGCGUCCGAAGGCUGCAAAGAAGACAUGAAGGAUGACCGGCUCACUGGAACCACAAAAGAGAGGCUUGGAGGGGCUCGUGGUCCCCCCUCAGCCAUCCCGAAGUGAUGUGCCGAAAUGAGGUGAUCCGGGCAACAGGUGGAGCCAGGACAAGACAAGAUCUGCAAAGCUUCAGGAAAAUUCCCUUCAGUUCCAACACUUGACAACUGACUGUUGACAGAAAACCUGAUUGUGUUCGAGGCUCCAAGUCAGACCAUGAGAUACAAGGCCUCCUUGGUGGUGAGGAAACGGUUGCGGCUUUACCGAAACGCCCUGAAAGAUUCCAGUAGCAGCUCCGGACACCAUGGCCCCCAGCUCGCCGCCGCUGUCGCCGGCCCCUCGGUGUUCCUGGGUCUUCCUGAGCAGUCUCCCCGGGCCUCCCCCAGCAGUCCUUUGAAUGGCCUCCUCCAUCUGGGGCUCCCUGGAGACAUGUAUGCGCGGCCCGAGCCCUUCUCGUCCGGGCCCGCAGUCCGCAGCGACGCCCUGGUAUCUGCAGCCGCCCUUCACGGCUACGGGGGCAUGAACCUGACCAUGAACCUGGCGGCGCCGCACGGCCCUGGCGCCUUCUUCCGCUACAUGCGCCAGCCCAUCAAACAGGAGCUCAUCUGCAAGUGGUUGGCGGCCGAUGGCCUUGCGUCCCCUGGCCUCUGUUCCAAAACUUUCAGCACCAUGCACGAGCUGGUCACACACGUCACCGUGGAGCACGUCGGCGGCCCAGAGCAGGCCAACCACAUCUGCUUCUGGGAGGAGUGUCCGCGCCAGGGCAAGCCCUUCAAAGCCAAAUACAAACUUGUAAAUCACAUCCGCGUGCACACGGGCGAGAAGCCCUUCCCUUGUCCUUUCCCGGGGUGUGGGAAGGUUUUUGCUAGAUCAGAAAAUCUCAAAAUACACAAACGGACGCACACAGGCGAGAAGCCCUUCCGGUGCGAGUUCGAGGGCUGUGAGCGGCGCUUCGCCAACAGCAGCGACCGAAAGAAGCACUCUCACGUUCACACGAGCGACAAGCCGUACACUUGCAAGGUGCGCGGCUGCGACAAAUGCUACACGCACCCCAGUUCACUCCGCAAGCACAUGAAAGUGCAUGGGCGCUCGCCGCCGCCCCCCAGCUCGGGCUACGACUCGUCCACGCCGUCCGCGCUCGUGUCGCCCUCCUCAGACUGCGGCCGCGAACCCCCGGCGGCGGCUUCUUCCUCCUACUCUUCCUCCUCCUCCUCCGCGGCGGCCGCGGCGGCGCGUGGCGCCGACCUGAGCGAAUGAUGUCCACCGCGUUGCUCGCUAGGUAAUCUCGCCGAGCGCAGCUGAGCGCCCGCAUCUCGCGCCUGCGACAUCAAAGGGCCCGCUCACAAAGCAGUGUUUCUUCGCCACGGUGCAUCUUCACGGUAAGUUAGGAUUUCUAUGGCAAUGCGCAAGUCGCACUGAAAUCCUGAAAGGCCGAGCCUGGAGCCCGUCCAGGCUUUUCAUUACGGACAUAAUAUUUACGUCUAAGAGGCCUUUUUCUUGUGUAUACAAGUAUAUAUUUUUGUUUGACGCGGACUAAAUCAUUUUCAUUUAAUUUCCGGUAAACAAAACCCACGCGAAUGGGCACUUGUUCCCGAUCAUAAUAAAAAUGGAUAAUAAUGCGAGAGAAGAAAAGGGCCGCUUGAAUCACUGCUCGGCCCCCUUUGUUUCUGCUUUCUGCGGUGAUCAGAGGGCGCAUUUGGGUUUGAUGGCGAAUUUCUAAAGGCGAGGAAAUGGUUUGUAAAGGGGAAAGAAAAGGAGAAAGGUCUAAUCAAGCCCGGGUUGUUCAAAGAGUCGGGUUUUGGGGUUGAAAGUGUGAGUUUGACGGUGCAUCAGCAUGCCGCGUUAGGCUCGCCAUGGAAAUGCGCGCGGGGAGCGGCCGCUUCAAAGGCGGCACACUUCUCGGCAGACACUCUAUUAAGAUACAUUUGCGCUGACCUUUGCCAUCACGCCAUUGAAUACUGGCACUGCGAUCUCCAGUAUAUACUUCCUCCCUCAGACCUGCCUCGCCUGCGUUUAGGGGUUCCCUCUGAGCCCCGAAGUGGGGAGCCUGGGCGUCCGGGAUGCUUUCAGGAGAGGGAGGAGCUGGACUCUGCUCUGAGCCUCGCCUCGGGACUGCUCCCCCAAGAGGCUCCAGGGUCAGAAACACAUUCCUUUCGGGCAAGCUCAGAAGUUUCUCCCAUGGGCACCUCCAGCUCGAUUUUGCCCAGAAUACUGUCAGAAUCUCCAUCGAGGCAGGGGGAGA